AUGUCGAACGGAAUCAUCAAGAACACUUUGGUAUUCCAGUUCCCGGAGGGUGCGGCAGGUCCCACUUUGGUGGAGAUCGCCCGCUUUGUGAAAGCCUUCGAUGCAGACAAGCGGACAAUGGAGUCAAGCUACAAGAUCUCCGAUGAACGGGUUAUCUGCAUCAAGUUCAAAACAGAGGCUGCUAUGAAGGAGGCGCUACUGCAGAACCCGGAGCUACAUACGUUCCAGUACUCCAAUGGCGACACAGUGCAAGUACGAAUGACGGUGGCUGGAGGAUGCAUACGUUACGUGCGUGUCUUUGACUUGCCGCCCGAGAUAUCUGAGCUGGACGUAUCGUUGGUGCUCGGGAGAUAUGGUACGGUGAAACGUAUGACCAGAGAGAGGUUUCCGGCGGAGUUCGAAUUGGACCUCUUUACCGGUGUCCGAGGGAUCCAUAUGGACAUUAAAAAGGAGAUACCAUCAACCCUGUACGUCGCGAAUCGAAGAGCUAGGGUGUAUUACGAAGGGCUGAAGCAGCGGUGCUUUUUGUGCAAGGAGGAGGGCCAUCUGAAGGCAGACUGCCCCCAAAAUAAACGACGUUUACCAGAAAGUGGUGCAUCCGGGGUGGCAGUAUCACCAAGCGAGAAACCAGUAACCAGCAAGAAUACAUACGCCGGUGCAGUGAUCGGAACCACGGCAUCAAGCAAAAUCAGCGAAGAACCCCAGUUGUCAAUGGUGAAACUGGUAUCGGCGAAGGAUGACGGCGUGGCGCAGAGGGUGAUGGAUGGGAGCUCCUUAACCGUCCGUGUGCCAGAGGACCGGGAGUCUGAGGCUGAUUCCAAGGCAAACACUGAGGAGGAACCAGACACAACAGACGAGCUCACUGCGGAGGACAACGAGCGAACCAACAAAAGACCUCUCACAGCAAGCAGCAAAUCCGGGUCCGACGAUGGUGGUGUCAUGUUUGUUACAGUUGACCGAUCCAGAAGGACUCGUAAACAGAAGCGGUGUGACGAAGAUGCGGAAAGGCCGAAUCCACUGGCAGUAAUUGCAGCUGCGGUGCGAAGCGAUGAACGGAUCACCAGAUCAAAAUCCAGACGCCAGCAGGAGGAGCGAUCGCGAUCACGAAGUGGUGUGAAGAUCAUAAUGUGUCCCACCGGCCGACUCAUUUCCGUAGUUAUCGGUGGUCUCAACGUCAUUAAUGUUUAUGGGCAUUCGGGAUCGCAACAUAGCGCUGAGCGAGAUGAUUUGUUCCAGAACACUAUCGCUCCGCAUCUGAAUAAGGGACAGCAGAUUCUAAUAGGGGGCGACUUCAACUGUAUAUUGGAUGCAGUUGAUUGUAGAGGGAAGUACAAACCCUUCUCAAAAGGAAUACGCAAUCUCAUCAAUUUGUUCCAACUCGAGGACCUUGGGUUGAAAAAUCGGGACUACACCUUCUUGCGACUUAAUUCGGCAUCUCGUCUGGAUAGGUUCUACGGUGGUAAAGACUUCGUUCAACAAGUUAAAAAGUACGUUACAAUGCCAGUUCCAUUUUCUGAUCACCACGCAGUAGUUCUCAAAUUCGAAGUCAGCUCCCAAAAUAUUCCUCCGGCUAUGGGUAGAGGAUAUUGGAAAAUAAAUGCUUCUUUGCUGGCAGAUGAUGAGACAUCUGAGGAAUUUGCUCAAGUAUUUGCCAGUCUAAAGCAAAGACGCAAGCAUGCAGUUAGCUUUUCGGAAUGGUGGUCGUACGACUUUAAGAACAAAGUGAAAAGUUUCUACAAGUCUAAAGCCUUUGAAUUCAACCGAGCUCAUGCAAUAAAGAAAGGAAGUUGCUACAGUCAGUUAAAUGACUUAAUGCGACAGCAGUCUGAUGGCUUGGACGUACAAGAGAAGAUGAGCAGUGUAAAGUCAGUACUUGUCGGACUGGAAGAGCAACGUUUGGCAAGCCUUCGUAAUAAGGUGCAGCCAUCUACCAUGCUCGAGAGUGAGAAAUUAAGCAUAUACCAGGUGUCUCGCGUUAUGAAGCGCGGGUUUAUUACGCCACAGCUGACAAUUGAAACUCCGGAAGGAUACACAACUAAACAAGCGGUGCACGAUCACUUCGAAAAACAGUUCAGUAAACCACAAGAGCAACAAAGAUCAGCUUAUUCCGCCUUGAACCAUAUCAACAAACAGCUACCACAAAACAUGGGAAACAAUCUAAUGUCGCCAAUAGGAGAACAGGAGCUACUUGCAACAAUCAAAAGCGCAACAAGGAAAAAAGCUCCUGGGCCUGAUGGACUUACCUAUGAGUUCUACGAAAGGCACUUCGAGCUGCUCAAACAGGAUCUUUUGAAACUUUUCAAUGGAUUUUUGGAUGGAUCUAUUACAAUCCAAGAGAACUUUUCCAACGGAAUCAUCGUCUUGAUCUUCAAGUCCGGGAAUCGAAACGAUCUACAGAAUUACCGUCCAAUCAGCCUUCUGAACACAGACUACAAAAUUCUAGCGAAGUUAUGUGCAAGAAGGCUCAAAGCAUGCAAACCUGGCUACGUCGACGAGAACACGGCCGAGGGACCAACAGUCACCAGCUACAACAGGAACAGACAGCAGCAAACCACUACGGAACGGCGGCGACCACGUUUUUCCGUUGACCACGUGGGGAGGGACACCACUUUCGAAGAGAAUUCUACGGUCUUUCUCACUCGCGGAAUGACGAACUCGAGGGUAGGUUUGUUGGACACGACUGUAUUUGACGGGUAUCGAAACAAGACUAACCUAAAAGAGCCGAAAUGA